UAUAAAGGAGAGGGAAAUUGAAGUAGAAAAGGCGGGAAAAGAGAAGAAAGCGUAGCCAUGGACGAUUCAGGCGCCAUUCUCUGCCAAAUCUCUUAUCUCAAAGACAUGCUCGAUCAAGUAAACGAAGAAAUCGAAGCCAAUAUUCAAGUAACGCGCCACAUAGAGUCAGAGAUUGUUCAAUGCACAGAAUUAGAAUCCUCAUUGGCUAUCAGAGAAUCCGAUCUUGCAAAAUCGCUUUACGUUUCUCAGUUUGAGAUCAGUGGAUUGGUCUCCGUCACCGAUGAUUCAAGAAGAUCUGUGAAAUUAUUGGAGGACGAAUUAGGCAGUCUACGGGAUAAAAAAGACGAGAUGCUUCAAAGAAUCAGCAUUAAGCGGGAACAGUUUACCUUGCUUUGCAUAGAAUUUCAAAAGGGCAUCGACAGGGGAGAAAAUGACGAGCUAGUUAAAUUGUUGUCGGAGAAAGAAUUUCUUGAAAAUGAAAUUGGUCUCCUAGGCCAGAACAAUUAUGCAUUGAAGAAUUCGAUGUUGGCAUUUGUUGACGACGUUCUUCAAGAUCUUCAAGCUUCAAACUAUGCUUUGCAUGUUGAGAUACAAAAUAUGAAUCAUGAGAAUGAGAAGUUGCUCAAGGAGAUUGAUGAUUUGAAGGCUGCAUUUGUUUCAGAUUUUAACUAUUCUUGAUCAUUUAUGGUCAAGUAUGACUUCCAGAAACUUUGAGCUAGUAGAACAGCUUGAAUAAUAAUCACCAGAAGCAGACUCAUCAUCAAUUGUAUUUUGACUGACGAAGAACUUCUCUUGCGAAACUCAGUGUAGCCAGCAUGCACAGCCUAAUCCAAGUCCAACAAAUACACAUUAUAUGAGGUAAUUGAUUUAAGUUUCUAAUAUCUUUACCAGGAGUAUUGCAUAGUAAACUGUGCUGUACUGUAUUGUGCUUCAAUAAAUUUGGACCGUUUCUGCUCAAUUUUUUUACUGAUAGAACCUCAUGGAAGAGGAGCUAUCAAUUAGAUAACGAGCUUUUGCAGUGAUACAUUAUUUGUCUACAGUUGGCAUGAGGGUGCUGUGUCACAUGCAGGGAGACUGGUCAAAGUUUUGACCUCCAAGAACUGUAUGUAUAGAAUUGUUAAGCAACUUCUCUUUUUCAAUUGUCAGCACUGCACUGGUAGGGGUCCGUAAGUAUACUAUUGGUACAUCUUCGUCAAGUGUAUCAUUGUUGAGUCACUUUCAAGUUUCAAGUUGUGGUC